AAUCAACCUCAGCAGCACGCCACCAGAAUUUUUUGAAGGAAGAAGUUGAAUUAAUCUAAUACACAGAAGAUUUGGACAUAUUCAUAUUAAAAUACAGAGCGACAGCUGCCGUUUAGUAGCUGUUUGUUGCUUUGCCUUUGCAGUAACAAUCAAAAAGCUUUAAGCCAGAUUCUCUUCUUUGCAUUUUUUUUCGUUUUCGUUGCCCUUGCCGACCCCAAUAUGAAGUUUCUGAACGGCGGUGAUAUUUCGUUUCUCGAUCUCGAGAAGAUCAUGUUUGAAGGUGGGACGAAGAAGGUCGGGCACAACCAGAAGAGACGCAAGGUUCAACAACACACGAGCAGCAGCAGCAGCCACAUGGUGCACGGGCCCUACACUUCCGCCCGUGCGACGGCACCGCCCCUAGCCCCGAACCUCCAGCAGGGCGGCGCCACUGGCAGCUACGGCCCGUCCAGUGCCGGACCCUCCUCGUCGUCCGCCGCCCAGGCGGCCGCUACGGCCGCACAGCAAGCGCAAGUGCACGCCAGGUUCGAGGUGACGGUGGUGGUGCACGGCGUUCCGCGCGUGGCAACGUACGACGACGUAAAGAACUACUUCGAGCAGAAGUGCGGGAAGGUGAUCGACGUCAAAUUCGUGCCGGGAAACAACAGUCUCGUCUGUGUGCAAUUCGAAGAGAUGCGCGCGAUGAACAAGGCUGUCUCUGGUAUGAGUCGUGCAAUAGUAUGAAUGCAGGUUUUUUUCUCUGAUGUUUUCAAUCUCGACCUGUGCGGGAUGCAAUGGCGGAAAGUGAAAAUGCUGUUGCUCUAAGGGCUGCCUGACUUACUUAUCAUUGUACCGGAUCUGCAACUGCAUUUCCAAAAAUAUCUAGGUCUGGCCAACCCCGAGAUCUUAGGCGUCCCAGUCCGAGUGCGCCCGAGUCUGGAGGUACGGGAAGAAUUGCAGAACAAGCCGCGGAGGCAGGUGAUGCAGGAAUUUCCCACCACGAAACAAAACGAGCACCCACGGCACAGCCGCAAAAUUCGGAUCACCAAUGUUCACGUGCGAGCGACGACGUCUGAUGUACUUGUUUUUUCGACGGUUAAAUUCGACGCAUUACAAGUAGAAGAUGAUGAUGUAUCUUCAUCUUCAUGACCAAUGCAUUGGGCAUAACUUUUAAUACGACUAUUUACCUCGGUCGCGCGGCAUCGUCGAUAUGCUGAAUGCUAUCAAAUAUACAGAUGUACAAACUGUUUCAACCUUUCGGCGACAUCGAAUCUACGACGCUUCGUGGUGACGGUGCCUGCGACCUCAGCUACCGAAACGUGAAUUCCGCGACCGACGCAACUAUUGCGAUGAAUGGCUUCCAAUACCUCGGCGAGGCUCUGCAAAUCGUGCAAGCAAGCGAGACACCACUGCUCCGCGCGGCCAACCCACCGCCCCCGCCGUUGCGCGGGUGAGGAUAGAAAUUGUUCGCUUUGUGUUGAUGAUGCCCGUUGCACUUCUUCGUCGACUCUUGAAAUCCGACCAUUGCACUUCUUCGACCAGGAUUCCGGGUCGCUGAGCACAUGCUGCUACUGAUACUGAAAUCAUGAUAAAUCAUCAUCAAGAUAGAUCAAGAUCUGAAUGUGAUCUAGCUGCACCAGCUCGAGCAAUAUUAAUUUCAAGGGUAAAUAAUGUGCUUGCUCGACCGGCGCACGAGCUACCAGUGCGUCGAAGAAUACAUGUUACUAGGAACACAACGCCACGAUGCAUUGCUGCGUGCAGCUGAACAGGUUCGGGCAUGUCGCAGUGCUACGAUCUGAAUUGUUCUAGUUUUGAAACAAAUUUUGAAGCUAUACCUUUUCACGUGGUUUACUCAACAAGGAGAGAUUCGACUUCCA